AUGGAACAAUCCCAAGAUAACCCAGUUUCAGCAAGCACUCGAUUUCACCAAAAAAAUCAAGGCAACGAAAAAGGACUUUUUGGAAAUAGUAUUCUAAACAACUACCAAUGCAAAUCGUGUAGAAAAAUUUUGUCCUCUAAUUCCCCCCUCCGUGAGUGAACAAAACCAUUAGAAAAAUUCCUAUUUUUUGCCCAAAAACCCCACCCUUCGUGAGUGAACAAAAUUUUUUUUUGAUAGAAAAAAUUUUUUUAUGAAAAAAAUUUUAUAAGGAUCCCCCCCCUCAUUUGUCCAAUUUUCUAGUCUUUUAUCAUUUGUCCAAUUUUCUAGUCUUUUUUUUAUAGGAAAAAAAAAUUGUUUUAGUACCUCAUUUCAUUUGUCCAAUUUUCUAGUCAAAAUUUUGAUAGAAAAAAAAAAAUUUUCAGGACCUCAAUUGUCUCAUUUUCUAGUUUUUUAAAGUAAAAAACUAAAAUUUAAGAGAUUCGAAAAAAUCCAAAAAAGACUAGAAAAUGGGACAAAUCAUUUUUAACUAGAUUUUGGACAAAUGAGGUCCUGAAAAUUUUUUUUAUCCUAUAAAAAAAGACUAGAAAAUUGGACAAAUGAGGGGGAGCAAUCCUUAUUUGCAUCAUUCAGGUAAUCAUCACUAGCAUCAUCUACAGGUGUAAAAUAAGGCAUGCUCAAAGCCACUUCAUAUAAUGAUCCCCUCUCUCAUUUGUCCAAUUUUCUAGUCUUUUAUCAUUUUGUCCAAUUUUCUAGUCUUUUAUCAUUUGUCCAUUUUUUCUAGUCUUUUUUUUUAUAGGAUAAAAAAAUUUUUAGGGACCUCAUUUCAAUUGUCCAAUUUUCUAGUCAAAAUUUUGAUAGACAAAAAAUAUUUUUCAGGACCUCAAUUGUCUUAUUUUCUAGUUUUUUUAAAGUAAAAAACUAAAAUUUAAGAGAUUCGAAAAAAUCCAAAAAAGACUAGAAAAUGGGACAAAUCAUUUUUAACUAGAUUUUGGACAAACGAGGUCCUGAAAAUUUUUUUUAUCCUAUAAAAAAAAGACUAGAAAAUUGGACAAAUGAGGGGGGGGAUCCUUAUAUAAGUGAUAAUUAGUAUAAUAAAAUCUCGAGCUAAUUCUGCUUAAUUUUAAGCAAAUUGCGUUUUAAAACAUAAAUUUUAUAAAAAUAAAUUAAAUAUUUUGCUUCCCAAUUUUUGCAAAUUAGGAUUUUUUAAAAUUUCGAAAAAAAAAUUCUAUAAAAUUUAUCUAUCAAUUUUUAAAAAAAAAUAACCCCCUCCGUGAGUGAACAAACUUUUUUUGUCACUCACGGAGGGUGGGGGAGUAAGCAAAACCUCAAAGAACAUAUGUACAUCCACACCGGUGAAAAACCAUAUGUUUGUAAGGAGCCUGGCUGUGGGCAGACAUUCAGGCAAGGUAGUCAGCUUUCCGCUCAUAGAAGAGUCCAUACGGCUAUUCGGACCUUGUCAAACACAAGUUCAGAAACAAUAUACUUAAAGGUAAAAUUUAUAUAGCUAACUUCCCUAUUGCUUAAAGCAGAAUUUUUAUCAGAAAGUGUAAAUUAUAAUUAUCCAGAGCCAUCCUCAAUGGAUCAGCCACUGAUUUCUUUGCCUCCAAUCAAAGCUCCUCAACAAUAA